GUGGUCCGCGUCGGGCAGCGAUGGCCGGCGGCUCGGCGAGGAGGGGCUCACAACUCUCCGCCCGUGGCCCUGUGCGCCUCGAGAAGGACGCCCUGGCGCCACGCUCCUCGCAGCUGCAGCUCCGCCUCGGCUCCCACGACGCCUCCGCGGGCGCGAGCGGCGAGCCGCCACAAGUCCUCGCAAGGCCGCUGGCCUGCCCAGCAGCCUGCGCCCGCCCGGCGCCGGGGCAGGGCCUCUCGCCCCCCGGGGCAGCAAGGAGAGGGGCGGCGACGCGGGCAAGCCGCCCCCGAGCGAGGCGCAGGGCCCCUCCUGGCGGCCGAGGCGGGUGGCCACGCGCAACUCUCCGACGGGAGGUGCCGGCAAGAGGCGCGGGGUCAGGAUCCCGUGCUCCAUUCGGGGGGUCGAGGACAGCUGGAGGAGAUUCUGCCAGAGGCAGGCAGCCAGCACUGUGCUCAACACCAUCACGGUCGUCCUGACCAUAUUCGCGCUGUUUGGAGACGACGUCCGGCUCAUCAUGACCACGAAGCCAGCGGAUUACCUUUUUGACAUCGUCACCCAAUGUUCUAUCGUUGUGUUCUUCUACGAGGUGCUCGUGCGCUCAUUUGGUCAGCCUGGAUACAUAUUCGGCUUCUUUUUCUGGCUCGACAUCAUCUCCACGUGUACGCUCGUGAUCGACAUCACUACAGUUUCGGAGACUUUGUUUGGCGACGAGGUCAGCAGGAUCCAAGCCGAUGACAGCCAGGGCGCGGGUGGCGGUGCCAGCUCAGCGGGGAGCAGCUCGGCCGAGGCUGCGCGGGCCGCGAGGAUGAGCAGAGUGGGCACGAAAGCCAGCCGGGUGGUUCGCCUCGUGCGCCUCAUCCGGCUGAUCAAGUUCGUGAGGUGCCUGAAUAGAGACCUCCAGCCAGAGACGCAGCAACUGCCUGGACAAGACUGGGACUUUGACGAGGAGGCAGAGAUGAAUAAGGAGUCAGCGGUCUCGAAGAAGUUGUCCGAGAUGACCACACGCCGCGUGGUGAUCUUGGUACUCGUCAUCAUGCUCGGCAUACCAUGCUUCCAGGAUCAGACCGUGUUUUUCAGCGACGCGCUGCCUGUCUCGGCGCAGUACGGUCUGAACAACCUGUACAGUACCUGGAGAGACGGCUUGACGCGGUACAGCCCACGGGACAGCGCCACGGCGGCGCAGGCUUAUCAGCAGUCGGAGGAGCGGGCGAUGUACGUGGACGAUUUCUGGAUGUACGUCUACUUCCACAACCCGUUCUGCGCAGGACGGCCAGACUCCGCCGCAGCCAGCCCGGACGAUGUGACCGGCAAGCUGUUCUGGGUGGGCAUGGGCCCUGCCGACUCCCCCUGGGCCGAGUACUUCCUCCCUCGGUUCCCGGAGGGCGGGGAGUACGACCUCAACGACCGGUGGAACGGCCAGGACUGGCAGUUCUACCAGAGCGACCUCACCUCCGACCCGAGGGCGCUGCUGGACAAGGAGUGGCAGGAGGCGCAGGUCUGCCUCGGCGGGGCGCUGCACGGCGUCUCUCUGCUCGUGGGCUCCGAGAGCAGCCUGGACUGCCCCGAGGUGCUGCGCUACCAGGAGCGAGCGGUCUACUUCCCGACCUCCGCCACGACGAGCGAGGUAAAGGAGGCCUACUGGUGGUUCGUCUUUGACCGCCGCAGCGGAUCCCGGGCCGAGGCCCUGUUGAAUUUCGCCCAGACGAUAUUCAUAUGUCUCCUCCUGGGGGUCGGCUCGAUGACAUUCUCCAACGACGCCAAUAAGCUGGUGCUUAUCCCAAUCGAGCGCAUGAUCGCGAAGAUCAACACAAUCAGGAUGCACCCGUUGUCGGCCAUGCAGAUCGGGGACGAGGAGCACCGGAAGGAACAGGCGGCUGCGGUCGCGCGACGAGAGGGGAGGUCGGUCACAGAUGACGAUGCUAUGUCGGACUCGAAAAGCGUGUGCUCCUCCACUCUCAAGAGGAAGAAGCUGAGCUGGCGCGAGAGGCUGAAUCCCUUCCAUUGGUUGAGCAGCGGCGACACUUCGUCCACUCCCGAGCCGAUGGAGACAGUUGUUCUGGAGAAAACCAUUAUCAAGAUCGGUUCCCUGUUGGCGCUCGGAUUUGGCGAGGCGGGCGCUGGUAUCAUCGGCCACAACAUGAAGGGCGGGGACUCGGCUGCGUUGAACGUCAUGAUCCCGGGCAGGCGCGUGGACGCCAUCUUCGGCUACUGCAACAUCCGCAAUUUUACGGAUGCGACGGAGGUGCUGCAGGACCAGGUCAUGAUAUUCGUCAACAGGAUCGCCAGCGUGGUCCACUCGUGCAUCAAUGAGUUCUUCGGGAGCCCCAACAGGAACAUAGGCGACGCCUUCCUGCUGGUCUGGGACCUGGAGGGCUGGGAUGACAGCAAAAGGAGGAGGCUUGCAGACAUGUCCCUGUUGUCGCUCUACAAGGUCAUCGCAGAGAUCAACAAGUCCCCGUCGCUAGCAGAGUACCGCAGCCACCUCAAGCUCAUCAAGCGAUUGCCCAAAUACCGGGUCCGCCUCAGCUUCGGCCUCCACAAAGGGUGGGCCAUCGAGGGCGCCAUCGGAUCCGAGUUCAAGAUCGACGCCAGCUACCUCAGCCCAAACGUGAACCUGGCCACCAGGCUGGAAGCGAACACGAAGUCGUACGGGGUUCUCAUCCUCUUCAGCGAGACCAUCCACACGCUCAUGUCGCCGGACGUCGCGGAGGAGUGCCGGCGGAUCGAUCACGUCAUGUGCAGCGGCUACCCCAACCAUUUCGCCAUCUACACCCUCGACCUGGACGACGUUGCCCUGCCGCUCGACCGCAAGCUGAACCCGCUCUACAGCAAGAGGUCUGGGCAGGCGCGCCUCGAGCGCCAGAAGCGGAGGCAGGAGCGGUGGAAGGACGACUUCCAGAUGGUCUCCAUCUUCGAUAAGGAGAAGGACAUGAGGAUCAUGCGCACGAAGUUCACGAACGAGUUCCUCAGCCGGUUCCGCAUGGCCUACCUCAACUACGAGGCGGGCGAGUGGGCCGUUGCCAAGGACAUGCUCGAGGUCACCCGGCAUCUGCUGGGGACCGAGGACGGCCCCUCUGCCGCCCUGCUGAAGUUCAUGAAGCAGUACGAGCACCGGCCGCCCGACAACUGGCAUGGGUACCGGGUCCUGCCAAGCUGA